AUGGAUCCACUCAAGUACAUAUUUCAGAAGCCAAUGCCUACUGGAAAGUUUGCAAAAUGGCAGAUCUUGUUGAAUAAGAAUUACAUUGAUCCCAUCAAAGUGGAGAUACAUGACCAACAAGACUACUAUUUCCAUGUAGAUGAAGAGCCAGAUGAGAAACCGUUGUACUAUGACAUUAAGAGGUUACUUGGAGUAGGAGGAUAUCCAGAAGACGCUACUGACAAACAGAAGAGAACUUUAAGAAGGAUGGCCAAUCACUCCUUUCUCAAUGGGGAAAUCCUAUAUAGGAGGACUCCAGACCUAGGAUUGCUACGAUAUGUCGAUUCCACGGAGGCCACGAGAUUGUUAAAGGAGAUACAUGCAGGAACUUAUGGACCCCACAUGAAUGGUUUCAUGCUCGCGAAGAAGCUUUUGAGAGCUGGAUACUUUUGGAUGACCAUGGAGAGGGAUAACAUUUGA